AUGACACCACCUGUCACAAUGGGCGCCGUCGUUCUCCGUAGCCCUGGCCCUCCCGACGUCCUAGAAGUAGAAACUGUACCCACCCCAGUACCCAAAGCCGGGGAACUUCUCAUCAAAAUCAAAGCCGCGGGCCUCAAACGCUCCGAGCCCGUCUCCCGCCGCGGUCACGUCCCUGUCAUGGCGUUUUCACUCCCUCGCAUUCUCGGCGUCGAAUUUGGCGAAGCGAUCGCAACAUGCAUGGAGGGACUCGGAAGAGUAAGGGAUGAUGGAUAUGUAGAAUAUUGCGUUGUUCCAGUGGCGCAUGAAGUGCUGGGGGCGUGUCUGGAGAUGCUGCAGACGGCGUGGGGGAGCUUGGUGUUGGCGUUGAAAGUGGAGAAGGGAGAAAGAUUGCUGGUAAUAGGCGGUACAACGAGUGUUGGGUUGGCGGCUGUGAGUCUAGCAAAGCAUUAUGGGUUGUGGGUUGCUGCGACGACGAGAAAGAAGGAAAACAUGGACUUGCUUAAGGAGGCCGGAGUGGAUGAGAUACUUCUUGACAAUGGAAACCUUGCUGAGGAAAUUGGAGAGGCAGAGCAAAAGUUUGAAAAAGUUCUUGAGUUGGUUGGGACGGUUACGUUGAAAGAUUCUGUGGCUUGCGUGAAGCCAAAAGGAAUUAUUUGUGUGGCAGGUAUUGUUGGAGAUCAGUGUGUUUUUGAGAAUUUUGCUCUAAUGAGCGCUAUUCCUUUUACUGUUUGCUUACCGACAUAUGCUGGAGAUGUAGACCAGUUUAUGGAAAUGCCGUUCAAAAAGCUCCUAGAGUUGGUGGCGAAAGGAAAGCUGGGCAUAAGGGUAGGAAGGACUUUCACGCUGGAUAAUGUUGCAGAAGCUCAUAGGGUCAUGGAGUUGAGCAGGGCAUGCGGGGAAGUCGUAGUGUUGCCGCAAUCGAGAAUAGGUAGGUCCUAG